AGCGCGCAUUCCUCUUCCAACAUGUCGCUGACCAAGUCUGCGUACAAUCUGCUCUUCAGGAGAACCUCUACCUUUGCCAUAACCAUUAUGGUUGGGGCUGUCUUUUUUGAACGAUUGUUUGACCAAGGCGGAAAUUUAAUAUUUGAGCAGAUGAACCGUGGGAAACUCUGGAAACAUAUAAAACACAAUUAUGAGGAGAAAGACGAAGAGUAGGACGCCGCUCGGGGUAAUCUGGGGCCAAGCAAAGCGUCAUCACACUUCCCUGUCCAUUGACAUCACCUGGAUCACACAUAAAAUAGACUGUUGUGUCUCAUGCCCAGACUGCCACCUGUGUCCGGUAAUCCAGUGGAAGAUGAAGAUUCCGAGAAACGCCACAUGUAAUCAGCAUUUGCUUUGCUCUGGCACUUUCGGUGUGGUACCAUCUGUGUCAUUCUUUUGUUUGUAACAUACUAAAUUAAAUGUUUAUCUUUAUGAA